AUGGCGGCACGGUCUAUGAUACCGUUCCUCGUGGGCAUGAUGCUUCUGACUGGUUGCUGUAACACUAUCCUUACAAAGUACCAGGAUAUGCAAUGCGUCCGAAAUUGCGACCAUCCCGACGUCUCGCGCCGCGCUUACUUCAACCAACCUGUCCUCCAGACAGCUCAAAUGUUCGUCGGCGAGAUGGGCUGCUGGUUGGUGGUUGGCAUCAUGGCGCUGUGGCGCCGUUACGUCUCUCGAUCGACACCUCAAGGCGACGGAUACGAGGCGGUUAGCACUGAUGAUACCCACGCCGAUGAAGCGAGGGCAGCCCUCGUCAACGACACGAGUGAUAGGGGCCCAGCGACAGACGACGAGAUACCGGAUUCUCCUAGGCUACGUGGUCGAUUGCUUCUUCUCCUUGCUUUGCCGGCAGUUUCCGACAUCUGCGGCACCACGCUUAUGAACAUUGGCCUGCUUCUUGUGGUGGCCUCUAUCUAUCAAAUGACAAGAGGCGCGCUCGUUCUCUUUGUCGGACUCUUCAGUGUUGUAUUCCUACGGCGACAUCUCCAUCUGUUUCAGUGGCUCUCUCUGGCAGGCGUCGUAACUGGUGUUGCCAUUGUCGGCUUGGCUGGAGCCAUUUAUCACGAAGAAACCGAUGACGAAUUCAAGGGUGACGCGUCGCUCAUGCAGACAGUCCCUACCUCAAGCGCCCUUCUUUCUGUCAUUGGUGUCCUCCUCAUUGCUGGAGCCCAAAUCUUUACUGCUACCCAGUUUGUGCUGGAAGAGUGGAUCCUAGAGCGUUGGGCGAUUGAACCUAUCCAGGUUGUCGGCUGGGAGGGUUUGUUUGGUUUCGUUGUCACACUCGUCGCUAUGGUAGUUCUUCACGUCGCCGUGGGCAGUACAGAUGCCGGUCGCUACGGCUUCUUUGACAUGGCGGAGGGCUGGAGACAGAUGACAUCGGACAGAAGAAUCGCCAUCUCCAGUCUCCUGAUUAUGAUCAGCAUUGGCGGCUUUAACUUCUUCGGACUGUCCGUUACGAGAAGUGUCAGUGCAACCUCACGAUCGACCAUCGACACGUGCCGGACACUCUUCAUCUGGAUAGUGUCUCUCGGUCUUCGUUGGGAGACCUUCAAGUGGCUGCAGGUUGUUGGCUUUGCGCUGCUUGUCUACUUCACAUUCGUCUUCAAUGGCAUUGUGCAGCCACCCUUCAAAGCGUUACGACCUGAUGAGGAGAUUGAAGAGCUGUUGCCAGAGGAUCCUAUUCAGCAUUAGGCAGGGAGCCUCCGACGUUUAUCAAGGAGAAUAGAAGCAACAAUCGAAUUGAGAGAACGUGUUCACGCAAGCCGGACAAUAUUACGACAUGCAAGUAACAUCCCUUCCAAGAUGCGCAGACACGGGUUCUCCUUACUCCUCGAUGUUCGACAUGAGGCAACCUUGUGCUUCAUUUUCUAGAUAAAUACCGAAUAUUUAUAUCCUCAACUACUGCUCUUUCGAUGUGACUCGAGGCCAAUGUCGAUGCGGGGUGGAGUGUAAGAACCCGAGUAUGUUUGCCGUGAGCGACUGUCGACUCUAGGCCGGCCAGAGGUCCCAUACAAGAAACCUCACGUCACAUUGCAGAGAAGCUCCGCCUCCAGAAUGAACUUGCCCUCCUUGUACUUCUCAGUAGUUUCGUACGCCUUGUCGUACUUCCAUCCCACGGUCUCUUUGCACUGUCGGCAAGUGAUAUCACGGACGAUAUGCCUCCCAGUUGUCAUAUUGCGCUCGCUUGGCUCGCCCAUGUCAAUGUUCACGACAUUAUUGAAUAGAUAGGCUUUGCCGUGCUGGCCUCGAAAGUUCUGUCAAACCAUCCGAAAUCGUCAGCAAAUGCGCGGCGUGGUCCGCUUAGCCAGGGAAGGGGGUUUCCCGAGGCUGGGGAUCAAAGUCUCACUCGGCUGAUUAUGUCCUCAUGAUUGGCGAGGUGCGCUUUGCACGUCUUGCAGCCGUAGAUUUUGCUGCUGUUGAGGUACGUGUUGUAGGCGAGGCCCAUCUUCUACGUGUACUUGACUGAAUGACGGGGAACAGCGCAGAGAAACUGAGCGCGGGGACAGUGAUCGUGAGCUGCAACGCGGUUGUAAUGGGACUUGAUUGUAUCCGCCAGGUUGCAGCUGCGCAAAGCGGGGAUUCCUCGUCUGUUUAUUGGCCUCCUUGAAAGCUCGGGUUCAAAGCUUGGUGCAAUGUGUUCGCAAUCUUCCCUGAAGGAGUGAGGCCAGUGCCGAUUGUCGCUGCUAGGCUUGGGGAAGAGACAGAGAGGUGAGUACAAGCGAGGAGUAGGUUCAUUAAGAAUGACGACCCAGUUCAAGGUGCGUGCAAGCCCAAAGGAUCGGAAGAGGAGCAGGAGGAAGACCGGGUCAAAACCC